CGUCUCUGCUGCCUCCUCUUUCAUUCGCUGCCUUUCUCUCCGUGUGUGUGUGUGCGUGUGUGUGUGAGUGUGUGUGUGUCAGAGGCAUCCAUACCAAAAUCCCCGCACUCAUUCAGCUCAUGUUCCCGCACCUUUUCGCCGGAUCUAGUUACAUAACUGCCUUAUUUAAGAAGAAGAAGAAGAAACCUUUUUGACGUCCGCGCGACGUUUUUAACGGGUGUCGUAGCUUCAUCCGUCCACCUGGAAAAGCUCCUCUCUGGGCUUCCUCUCCCCGUCAGAAACCCUCGUGCCAUGCGGGAGGUGUAACCCUCCACCCUUUUCUUCUUUGUGUGCCACGGAAACCCUAAGCCAAGCCAAGAUGUCGGGCACCGACCCGUCAUUGCCGACAGACCCCCAGCUGCCUUUGACGUCCCCCCGCACUCCCCUGCAGCUUUCUUUUCCUUUCCUGAGGGAAGGCAGCCGUGUUUGGGAGAGGGAGAGGAAACCACCUCAGCCUGGAGAGCUACCCAGCCCACUGCCAACAAAACGCACACGCACAUACUCAGCGACAGUACGAGCCAGAUCAGGUCCUGUAUUUAAGGGCGUGUGUAAAAACUUUUCCAGAUCUCAGGGUCAUGGAUUCAUCCGUCCUACGCAUGGAGGAGAGGACAUCUUCGUUCACAUUUCUGACAUUGACGGGGAGUACGUGCCUAUGGAAGGAGACGAGGUCACAUACAAGGUGUGUCCGAUCCCGCCCAAGAACCAGAAAGUCCAGGCUGUGGAAGUGGUCAUCACCCACCUGAACCCGGGCACCAAGCACGAGACCUGGUCGGGUCAGAUCAUCAGCUCCUAGACGAGCGCUUCGGGCGUCACGGCGAGAACGUAACGGAGGAUUAGGGUUUUUUUAAUUUUAGGCUUUAUGUUUUUGUGGUGUGGCAGAUAGGGCAAUCUGAGCUUUCGGAGAGGUACAAGCGGGGCCACAGAUGUUUUGGUACGGAGGGCAAAGUGCGCCGUUAGGCUUGAAGUUAAGCAUUGAAUGUAUCUGAAUGUUUUUCUAGUGAAGGUUUAUGGGGUCGUCUGUAGGAUUUACGUCUUUUACGUCAAAGCCUCGAGUUCGGAAAGUAACACCGCAAAUGUUACUCAUUUCACCUCGAUAGGACGUGUGUUAGUUGGUUUUGAGGAUGUGAUGUCUCGGUUUAUUUGGGACGUGUGAAAGAGGCCAAAACGAGCUCAGAUCAAACGGGAAACGGUUUUGGCUCAUUGACUGCCAGUGGGAACCAUGUGACUUACAAAUUCAAGGGACCAGCUUGCUAGAGCUAUUUUCUUUUACUUUCAUGCUGGAAACUGGCGCACACUGUGCUGCCAAAUCUAAAAAAAUAAAUUAAACACACACAAUAUAUUUACCCUUCUGUUUUUUCUGUUUACAGACUGCAUGUUGUAGGGAGAAAAAACUAGUUGUUUUCACGGAUGCUUUUUUUUUUUUCUUCUAACAUUACAAGAACAUAUUCAUAAGUCAAAACCUUUUCAAGGUUGUUCUUUAUGCCGGUAAACCACCAAUUGAGUGUACUCACACAAGCAGUUUGGUUUCACAGACAUCCUGUUUGUUCUAAAGACGUUUUGGCCUCAGCAGCUGGGUCGAGCUUGACAGUUUAGUUCAGUAUUGUAGCACUUUCUGUUAGUAGAUAAGGGUGUAGGUCCAGUUUCAUUGUAGCCAGGUCCUAUGACGGUCACAUGUUUUCUGUGGUAGAGAUGGUAUAAUGUUAGCCUGCCACUGGAAAACAAGGCCAGAGGGUUUAGGUUAGAGGGAGGAACAUGGCGACGGUAACAGGUCCUGGGUAAGGGUAGGAGAUGAAGUGAAGGAUUGAGCAGUGAUGCAGCUAUUUAGGGAAUGUAAGGAAGAAAUACAAAGUUUCAAGUCAGCACAUUGCAAACCAUUGCUCACAACCUGAAAGUGAACUGAAAAGAAAUAGUUUGAGAUUUUGAAGAAACAUACGGUUUUGUUGGAGGAAGUUAUCUUAGCUGCUAGGUCGCUUUGUAGCAGCUAUAGGGGUGUCAAACUCCAGUCCUCCAGGGCCGCUGUCCUGCAGUUUUUAGAUGUGCCACAGGUACAAAACACUGGAA